AUGGCGCUGGUAGAGGACGAGGGUAAGAUUUGGCAAAGAUUUAACAGUCAACGUACGCUGAUGGGAAUUCAGGAUUGGCAGGUGUGUGUACCAACUGACAAACUCGAAGAGGCUUCCCGUCUUCUGCAAGGUCCACAGAAUAUGAAAUACUACACUAUCUCGGAAGAGGUUCCUGGACUUCACCCCGAAUCGCUAAUGCAUACGUUUCCACGUUUUAAGUGCAAUGGUAUUCUUCUGUGGUUCAAAUUAGUUCCAGCACUUGACUGCCACAUUCAGUGUGUACCGCAAAAUAUUGAACGCAGCAAAGCUGGGAUACCAUACCCCACCCUUCCGGUUUACGCGCAAAGUCUUCUUGACACUGCCAGCGGCACAGAUCUCGAGGAUUUGAUUGAUGGCAUGGACUUGACUGGGGAAUGGGGCGAAUCGAAUCUUGAUCUCGAAGGCACGAGCAAUGUUGCGUGGGCUACAGCAAAGAACGAACGCAUUCGAGCUUCGGUAGUUAUUGAUGAAAACACCUGUCUUUUCGAGCUGUGGGAAGGAGCUUUUCCUCGAAGGGCAUUCUGGGAAGAAAGACUAGGUCAGAAAGAGCACUGA